AUGAUCAGUAUCAAUAUGUCUGUUACUUACGACUUCACGGGUAAAGUGGCGCUAAUCACGGGCUCGAGUGGUGGUAUCGGUGCCGGCAUUGCCGUACAGUUGGCUCAAUCGGGUGCCAGUGUUGUGGUCACCGGUCGUAACGCAGACAAAGUGGCAGAAGUGGCCAAACAGUGUCUCAAUGUAUCGCCGAAAGGGAUUAAACCUCUGGAAGUGUUGGCGGAUGUGACCAAACAGGAAGAUCUCAAACGUAUGGUCGACCAGACUAUCGGACGGUUUGGUAAACUGGAUAUUGUGGUCAAUAACGCGGGCGCCCUCUUCUUCGGCAUUAUUACUGACCAUAACUUUUACAACACUUACAAGAAUUUAAUGUCUGUUAACUUGGAUUCUGUCGUCUAUUUAACGCAUAUAUGUGUCGAGUAUUUGGAGAAAACCAAUGGAAAUAUUAUUAAUAUUUCGAGUAUAGCUUCAAAGCGUACCGUCCGAAAUACGAGCGCCUAUUGUAUAGCUAAGAGCGCACUCGACAUGUUUGGCCAGUGUAUGGCCGCCGAACUCGGGCCCAAACGCAUCCGGGUUAACACAAUCAAUGUUGGAUAUAUACCCACCGGUAUAUACGAGUCGUCGGGCGUGAGCCGAGACAGUGUCGAGACAUACACCGAGCUCUAUAGGCAACGCCUACCGGUGGGCCGAGAGGGCCGACCCAUCGAUGUGGCUCAAGCCGUUCACUUUUUGGCCAGCGACCAUGCCACGUUUAUCACCGGGGCCAACCUCGUGAUUGACGGUGGUGAUUUAGCCGCCAAUACGUGCAUGGAUAAUUUGUAG